AUGGCCCGAAAGCUUAAGGUCGCGGUCAGUGGAUUGGGGCGUAUGGGUGCUCGCCAUGCAAUCAACUACCUUGAAAAGACACCACGAGCUGAACUGGUGGCUGCAUGCGAUCCAGGUGCAGAAGCUUUAUCAUGGGCGAGAUCUCGUCUGGCACCUGCCGGCGUUACCAUCUACGAGACAUUCGACGAGAUGAUGCAACAUCCAGACAUCGAAGCUGUGAUUGUCGCGGGCAUCACGACCGAGCACGCACCGCAAUCGAUCAAGGCCAUUCGUGCUGGCAAGCACGUUCUUUGCGAGAAGCCUCUUUCCACAGACCUUGCCAUCAGUCAAGAAGUGUUUGACGUCGCCAAGUCGAGGCCCGACCUCAAAGUUAUGACCGGAUUCUCACGCAGAUUUGAUCAAAGUUAUCGCAAUGCUCGGAAAAAGGUGGACUCUGGAGCCAUUGGUCGUCCGGUCGUGUUUCGCUCGCAGACCUGCGACAAGUACCGCGACGAUGAUUACUUCAUUGGAUACUCGAAGACUUCAGGGUCGAUCUUUGUCGACGCUUCCGUCCACGACAUCGAUCUUGCGUUGUGGAUGUUUGGGCAAGACAGCAUCGUCAAGAGCGUCUCAGCUGUUGGAACUUGUGCUCGUUAUCAGGGAUUGAAGCAAUACGGGGAUGUCGACAACGGCGUAGGCAUUGUCGAGUUUUGGGGCGGAAAGAUCGCCUACUUCUAUGCCUGUCGAAUGAUGGCAGUUGGGCAGCACGACAUGACAGAGGUCAUCGGCAAUCAUGGGAAAGUAACGAUUAACGCCAAUCCAGCCCACGAUCUUGUCGAGCAUCAUGAACCCACGGGCAUUCGCAGAGAGAUUGGACAGACGUACUGGGACCGGUUUGAACCAGCCUUUAUUCGUGAGAGCAACGAGUUCACGGAAGCGGUCCUGGAUGACAAGCCUUUGCCAUUCCACUUGUCAGGGGCGAUCAAGUCGAUGCAGAUCGGGAGUGCGUUACAGGAGGCCUUGCGCACUGGCGAGAAAUUGUUCUUCAACGAGAUUGGAGAGAGCGUGAUAGGACCAGGACUAGCAGCCAGACUGUGA